AUGGAUGACUAUUGGGCUAAUCAUGUUACUUUCCCUUAUACAGUUAUGGAUGAUGAUGAUGAUGUGGGAGGUGUACCACUCCAUCAUGUGAGAGACCCCGACACCGGGAACUUGGAUGAUGAUGAUGAUGUGGGAGAUCCCGACCCAUUGGAUGAUGAUGAUGAUGAUGUAAGAGAUCCCGAUCCAUUGGAUGAUGAUGAUGAUGAUGUGGAAGAUGAGGACGAGGGUGAGGGUGAGGGUAAUGUGGAUGAUAGUGAAGGGGUGCCUCCUUUAGAAAUAACCCCAAUAUUUGACACGGAACCUACAGAAUCCACAGAUUCAGAUGAUGAAAUUGAUGAGAAUCCUCCGGAGUGA